AUGAAUUAACAAUGCGAAAAGGAUGAAUAGUUUGAUCUCAUCAUUGAUGAGAAACUCUCCAGUUAAGAGCAAUCAACAUCCACACAAUCUAAACAAAGCCAUGCUAAUCUGGCUAUGUUAUAAGAUAAUACUAAAAAUUUUAAAUUAAAAAGAACUCAAAGUACCAAUAAACUAUAAUUUAAAGGAAGUUUGCUUCAACUCAAUCACAUCCCUCCUCAAAGAAGAGGAUCUCAAUCAUGCAUAGAACCAAUCCAAGUAAUUGAGGAAGAGUGCCAUCAAAUUGGGAAACCAAAUCUCUAUAAUGUGUUUUGGUACGAUGAGAAUAUUGAUAAUAAAUAUGAAAUCAUUGUCUAAGCAACACAAGACAUCCUUAUCUCUGAUUUUAUUGCUUUAGUUAUAAAAGAAUUCAAUCUGCAACAUGAUUAUAUUCAUUCCCCAUUUACUGAAGAUGGAUCCCUGCUUUAUGAAUUGUACGUUCCAAAAAAAAAGAAUGGGAAACCCAAUGAAGAUUACCCAGCCUUUGCUGAUAAAACUUAAUUAAGUAAAACAAACCUUACUUAAUUUGCACUCAAAGUAUCAAAACUUGAAUCUCAUUAUAUCAGUUCAUUCGCAAAAUAAGGUUAACAUGUUUAGGAAUCAACGACAAAGAAUAAUGAUUAAAAUACAGGGGAUGAAAAGUCCUUCUGGCAGAAAUUUUUCUUUUGUUGUAAUAUUGAUAUCUGA